UAUGGCGUCUGCCCCGUGUAAAGGGCAGAAUCCUUUGUCCAAAUGCAAGUCCCCAGUCAAAACAUCCUACCUCUCACCUCCUCCUUUCUUCCAUACCUUCCUUUCCCCAUCUCUCUCUCUAUAUCUUUCUCCAUUAUAUCAACAAAUCAAUAUCCAAUUAAAGUUCUUCAAAUUAUACAAAUCAAGAUGGGUUUCUUAAAAGAAACCACAAAAUCAAGACAAACAAUCCUUCGAGUACUAAAAACCCUCUUCUUUCUCAUCAACAUGUUCAUCUCUCUCCUCCUAUGUGCCGCCCCAAUCCUCCUCAUAAUCAUCGACUCCAUUCUCCCAUCCAUCCUUCUUCUAUCUACAUCUUUCUCUCCUCAAAACCCUCUCUCUCUCCAAACAAUCUCGACCCAUUUCACCAAAUAUAACUUCACUUCUUCUCUAAUUGACAUACCUAUCAUCUCCCUAAUCCGAUCGGCUUUCAUACUUUGUGUUUACAGUUUAUGCGAUGGACCUAGUCUAUCUAGAGGACCCUAUUUGGGAAUUACAAUGAUUUGUUCUGUUUCGUCGCUGGUGUUUGUUUCUUUGAAGGCUUCGUUUGUUUUCAAUGAACAGAGAAUUGUUAUUGUUGAUGGAAGAAAGGAUUAUGAUCUGUGUUAUGUUAGAGCAGUGGAAAUGGCGUUGUUUGUUUGUUCUUGGGUUUUAGCUGUUGGUCAUAUGGUUGUGGCGUAUAGAACUAGCUGUAGAGAGAGGAGGAAGUUACUUAUUUACAAGAUUGACAUUGAAGCUGUUUCAGCAUAUAAAAAAGGUUUCUUGAGGUACCAGAAAAUGAUUUUAGAAGAGAAAAUGAGGAAAGAUGAUAAUAAUAAAUUAGGAAAAUUAUAGAUUUCUCUCAAAUGGCAGCAGCCCACAAUUUUCUAAAGCCAGCCCUUCAGGUUAUUCCUUUUUCAUUUGUUAUUUAAUUUAAUUUUUUUUUCAUUGAUCAUGUAAAAUAUAUUAUUAUAUAUAGAAGUUUAAACAGUGGUAAUAAUGUAGGAGGAGGUGUGAUCCAAAGGAUAUCAUCAUCAUUUCGAUCAGAGGCUGGAUUAAAAUUAUAUUAUAGCAGCUUAAUUACCUAGAUUUUUUGAAAUUUGGUUUGAAUCUGAAAAUUCGAACCAUAUUACAUGAGUUAUUGUGCUCAAUGAUGUUAGCUAGGAGUUGAAAAAAGUUAUCCAUCAUAUCAUAUAUAUAUAUA